CCGGCUGCUCCUGCCCCGCGGCGCGCGCUGUGUGUGCCCGCCCCGGCCGCCCUCCGACUCCGCGCGAGCGGGGGCACCGAGCGUGCGGCCCCAGGCUCCCGGCGGUGGAGCCCGUCUCCCGGAGCCGCGCCGCAUCCACCGCGCGAGCGCGCCGAGCCUCGGGACAAUGGGGCCGCGGUGGCUGCUGCUCGUCGUCGUGGGGCUCAGUCUGUGCGGCCCCCUGCUGUCGGCCCGCGCCCGACGCCCCAGACCAGAGUCAGAAGCAGCAAAUGAUACUGUGGGUCCCCGGACGUUUUUUCUCAGGAAUUCCAAUGAUGUAUUUGAACCAAUCCCACUGAAGCUGCUUGAGGGCCAAAAUGAAAGUGAAUACAAACUGAAGAAGCCCUUUACCGACAUGGAAAGCAGUCCUUUUCCCUCAGUGAUGUCCAUCUCAGAAGAUGUCUCCGGAUAUCUGACCAGCACCUGGCUGACUCUCUUUAUCCCCUCCGUCUACACGGGCGUGUGUCUCAUAAGCCUUCCUCUAAACAUCAUGGCCAUCGUUAUGUUCGUCUGGAAGAUGAAGGUCAAGAAGCCUGCCGUGGUGUACAUGCUGCACCUGGCCAUGGCAGACGUGCUCUUUGUGUGUGUGCUCCCAUUUAAGAUCAGCUACUACUUUUCCGGAAGCGACUGGAGAUUUGGGUCUGCCAUGUGCCGCGUCGUCACGGCGGCGUUCUACUGUAACAUGUACGCCUCCAUCAUGCUCAUGACGGUCAUCAGCAUUGACCGGUUCCUGGCUGUGGUGUACCCCAUGCAGUCGCUCUCCUGGCGUACUCUGGGGAGGGCUUCCUUUACCUGUCUGGCCAUCUGGGCCAUGGCCAUCGCAGGGGUGGUACCCCUGAUCCUCAAGGAGCAGACGGCCCAGGUGUCAGGGCUCAACAUAACCACCUGUCACGAUGUGCUCAACAAAUCGCUGCUCGAAGGCUACUACUCCUAUUACUUCUCGGCCUUCUCGGCCGUCUUCUUUUUUGUGCCGUUGAUCAUUUCCACAGGCUGUUAUGUGUCUAUCAUCCGAUGUCUUAGCUCUUCCACAGUUGCCAGCCAGAGCAAGAAGUCCCGGGCUUUGUUCUUGUCAGCUGCUGUUUUCUGCAUCUUCAUCCUUUGCUUUGGACCCACAAAUGUCCUUUUGAUACUGCAUUAUGCAUUCCUUUCCCACGAGUCCAUGACAGAGGCUGCCUACUUUGCCUACCUCCUGUGUGUCUGUGUUAGCAGCAUAAGCUGUUGCAUCGACCCCUUGAUUUACUACUAUGCGUCCUCUGAGUGCCAGAGAUACCUCUAUAGUAUCUUAUGCUGCAAAGAAAGUCCAGAUCCCAGCAGCUCUAACAGCAGCAGUCAGUUGACAGCAAGUAAAAUGGACACCUGCUCUAGUACCCUGAAUAGCAGCCUAUACAAAAAGCUGUUAACAGCUUAAGAUGUUAAAAAAGCAAAUAAUCUGAGGGUUCUACUUAGUCCCUGACAAAAAAAAGUAUUUACCAUCUAAAACAACAAAUGCAUGAUUUCUAUGCCUCCUUACGAGAGCCAUUAAGCAUAUAUAUUUGUUAGUUACAGGAAAAAAUAACAGGAAUAGAAAACAACAUCAUUACAAGAGAGUGUUACCAGUGUUGCAACAAGAACUGCAUGUCACUUUUUUCAUGUGUUUACAUGACUUAUUAUAGAUAUGUAUGUGGGUGUGUGUUUGUACACAUAUACAUGUAUCAUUUGCCGUGCAGUAUAGAAUAGGCACUUUGAAACCUUCUUUUUUUUCCACCAGAGAUUAUGGAGAUAAACUUCGAUCCUCUGAUUUAAUAUGCAAAGUGUACUUUGGCGUUUAGCCUUGAACAUCUGAAGAAGUUCAUUGGUAGUGAGGGAUUCUACAGUUUGGACUUACACAGCUUUUGCAGAUAAGUAUAUUUUGAAACUGUUCAACAGCAAUGUUUGUUAUUGAGGGGUGAGACUUAGUAGUAUUAUCUGUGUGUAGAGAAAGUUCUGCUGUUUUUCAUGUUAAGUGUAUCAAAGUUUGAAUUCUUAAAAUUAUUAAAACAGAUGAUAUGGGUACCAUUUUUUUGCUGUUUUACACACCACAUGUGUAAGCUAAGAAUGAGCAGAGGUCCCACCAGUGACCUGAGGUUGGCUUUCAAAGCCACCUGCCCCCAGAUGGACGUCGAGCAGCAGAUGCAAGACAGGGCCGGUUCAGAGAGCAUGUGUGCUGUCUCCUGCUGGGAUUCCCUCAAGGAUUGGCUCUAAGCUUAUCAUGUUUAUUAGAAGUUGGUGAAGUAGGAUAUGCUAUCCCAAGAGAUAAUGAACAUGAAAGACUUCUCUGCCCAUUUUAAGAAUGGAGAAGGACGGCACAUUCACUUCCAGCAGUUACGCUGCAAGGACUAGUCUCAGAUGGAAACACCUACACAGCAAACGUGGGCACCCGUAGUGUGCACUGGGCGCUCUUAUGGGUUCUGGGCAAAUAAGCUGAGUCAGACUGAAACCUGCUCUCAAGAAUAACAAAGUGGACUGAUACACAGAGUGGGACAUGUGUGAAAGAAACACAUCUUUAUGUAAAGAAGUGCUUUUAGCCAGAUGUCACCAAGCACAUUCCACAUAAUCAAGCCCCAGCAGGUGAAGAACUUUGAACAUUUGGGUUAAUGCUUCCUGUGGUUAUAACUUGAGAUGAAAACAUCAUAUAGUACAGGAAGCAUGUUUUUUUAAAAAAAAACAUGUUUUUCUGUUACACUUCAGUAACAGGAUAUGAAAUGUUUUAUUACAGUGUUAUUCAAGCAAGAUAAAAAUGACAGAUCCCAUAUAUAAUAUGAUCGUCAGUCUGCGUAUCCUGUGAAAACAGUUAUAUAUAAAAGAGAUUGAAAAAAAUAAACCAAAAUGUCAACUAGGGAUAAAAAAAAUAAGUCCUCAGUCUGUCUUAAUUAGACACUGUUUACAAAUGUUUUGUUCAAUGAAUUACUCAAAUUUUUAAGAAAGCAUUAAUUAUGUCAGUCGGAUUAGAAAUGGCAGAAGAAAAUGGAAUUGACUUUGAAAUCUAGGAAAAUUAUUCUCUAUUUUCCAUUCACUUUUCUUAAGAGUUGAUAAGAUGAUUUUAAAAGCAUUUUUUAACCCUAUGAGUAUCAAGUACAGAAUAUCCUUGUGUAGUCAACAAAAUAAUUUGAAAAUUAGGUUGAAGUGUAUCUUUUUCCUUAUGAAAAAUGUUGGCAUUUUAAACAUGAAAAGAGAAGAAAGUUGUAAGGCAAGUACUUACCCAUUUAAAAGCACAAAUUAUUUCCAAAUGCCAUGGAAUAAUCUACAUAAAAAUGUCUUGUAAGUAGAAGCUAACAUUGUUUUUAUUAAUGUAGUUACUAUAUUCAUUUUAUCCAACUUAGUGGAGGUAUACUGUCAUUGUUCAUUCAUUCUGUUUGUAUUAAAAUAUCUGACUUAAUAAGACUCAUUACUAUAUUAUCACUAUGUACUUAUAAAGUACUACAUCACUGUUUUUGUGUUCUUUUUAAAAAAUGUAUGUAACCUCUAUUAAUAAACCUGAAAG